CACGUGGCCCCCGGAAGUACCGCGCAUUUUGGUUUCCGGCCCGGCUUCGACCCCCGCUGCCUCUCAGUCCGAUUCUCACUCGCUGGACACCAUGGAGGAGCCCGAAAUGCAGCUCAAAGUGAAGAAAGUAACAGACAAGUUUACAGAGAGCAUGUACGUCUUGGCCAAUGAACCCUCCGUUGCUUUGUAUCGGCUUCAAGAGCACGUCAGACGGUCCCUCCCAGAAUUGGCUCAGCAUAAGACUGACAUGCAGAGCUGGGAAGAGCAGAGCCAAGGAGCCAUCUAUACUGUGGAGUACGCCUGCAGCGCCAUCAAGAACAUGAAGGACAGCUGUGUUUAUUUCAAGAGCAUUGACGGGUUGCUUCGGAACGCCAUUGCAGUGAAAGAGCAGCUGAAUUCUGCCCGCAGGUAGCUCCAGACAGCUGCCUGCAGGAAAGCCUCUUGACCCCCCCGCCCCCCCCCCCCCCCGGUUAUGUACAGUCAGUGCAAAAGCGGCAACCACGGCUCUGCUGUGUUCAUCCUCUCAUUUUGUUUUUGUAAAUUAUUAAACAUUUUGAAGAACUGA